AUGCAAGGGGAAAGAAUCCUCAAAUCACUUCUAAACAGAGAGAUAGGUGGUCUUUAUGAGGAUACGAAGGUAAGUUGAUCAAACUUAGCUGUUUGCUAAAUCCCGGCGUUGUCAAUCAAUGGUUUCCGAUAAUCGAUAAAAUCAAUAAUAAUCAAUAAUAAUCAAUAACAAUUAAUCGAUUGGUAUUGGAAAUCGAUAAAAAUCGUUGACUUAAAGUUGUGUGAGUAUCGAUUUCUAUUGAUUUGCAUCGAUUGUUAUUGAUUAUUAUUGAUUUUUAUUGAUUAUGAAAUUUGUCAUUUUCUUAAAUAAAACGCACCAUAUGAAUGAACAAACCAUUCAGUUAUCUUUACUUGUUGUGUUUUAUGUUACAUUUGUAACAUUUUUACCCCUUAUUACUAUUAAAAGCCACUUAUAUUACUAGACUCUGAUCGUCUCGAAACAAGAACAAAAUUGUCUUUAAGCCUCUUCAGUGUCACUCUCUUCCAGCUUGUUAAUUAGUUGAGGAAAUUGUUUUUGUCUGCGCUCACUGUCAUGCUGCCUGAAUAUACGCAUGCAGGCCAAGAACAUACAUCUUGAACAUUCACCCGUGCAACCGAAAGGGAAGAUAGCAGAAUAAUUGUUAAAAGGAAAAUGUAAUGCGCUUCCAGAGUAGCAUAAAGAAGGCACUCUACAACGCUCAGAACACUUGCUUGGUAUAUUAGAGAGUGCAACAACACCAUAAUACAAAGAAUCAUAGAGGGCCAAAGAGGACCAACAAGCUCGAUUUGAAGAUGGCCGAGCUGCCCCCGAUCAUUCGUAACUCUGAAGGCAUUCCCACGUUCUCCUCUCUUCUUGAAUGCGUAGAAUAUUUCUCCGACAUUCACUUCAAAAGGGCAUUCGUGAUAGCCCUUGACUACACAGCGCACUGACAAUUCAACUUGCUUCGCCAUCUCUAGAACAAGCAAACUCCGUAACAAGUGUGUUCUGGGAAUCCCGGUUGAAGUGCAAGGAUAAAAGUGCGCAAUCGAAUUACCCAAUUACCCUGGACGUGUAAAUAUGCCCAGGACCAAUGAAGCACGCCCACGCUAACACGCGCCAGAAAGUUGCAUAAUGAAUUAUUAAUCAAUGAUUUUCUAUAGUAAUCAAUGGUAAUCAAUAGCAAUUAAGACUCCGACUGUGAGUAUCGAUUUUUAUCGAUUGGUUGCACCAAUCAAUAACAAUCAAUGGAUUGUUAUUGAUUAUUAUUGAUUGUAUUGAUUGCAAUCAAUCGAUCGGAAACCAUUGAUUGACAACGCCGGGGCUAAAUUUAAGCUGCUGAGAAAUUAUGGUAGCUUAAUUGAUGAUGCUUUGUAGCUCAGUUAGCGAAGGUACUUACGAUUUGUAAGGCUACUCACUUUCAAAAACGUUUCCUUGAAUAAAAAUUUAGUUCAUUUCAAAGCGAGCGUCUUGUUACACUCUAGCUUCAAUUGCAAGAAUCGCGCGCAUCUAUAUUCAUGAGCAGGUCAUAGAAUGAGUGUCACUUGAAAGCGAACCUCAACCUAAUAAAUUACACUUAUUUUAGACGUCUUUUUUGCCAAAGCCUCUCAUUUUUCUUAACUCCAUAUUUUAAAUGGGGUAGCCUUCACCCUUGAUAUGUUGUUUUUAAUAUUGUUUGGUGGAACUUGCAGAAUUAUCUUGCUCCACUGCAAUGUCCGCUAAAGAACAAAAAUGGCUGCCAAGCAGGAGGCAAAGCCACAGAGGAAACUGUAUCAAAGUACGCCGUUUUUUGUACGAAGUUCCUAAGGUGUGCUAUAGAGACCUUGAAAAAUGUGAAAGCCAAGGGAAAUGACCUUAUUGAUGCCUUGAAACUAGGUAAGAUGAAGCAUGUGAACAUCUUUAGUUGCUGUUUGGGAGUAAGGUCUUUUCUGAGUUCCUAAAAUAAGCUUAAUGCUUACUCUUAAAAUGGGGCCAGCUUCAAAACCUUACUAAUGAAAUUCUACUUAUUUUUAGUGCUACAUUGUCAAUGUGGUAUUUCCAGCUCAAAUGACUAUCCUGUAAGACACCUAGAUAUUUUACAUGAUCCUUACACUCAAGGGAAGUAAGAAUGUGAUUACUAUUAUCAAACAUUAGAAUAUUGACCGAAUGGUCCAUCUUACGUUGGUGAGGACAAAAGAUAACAAAGUUUGAUGUUUUAGCAUGUAAUGUUAGCUUAUUUGCAUUGAGCCAGUCCGAGACUCUGACCAGUUUGUUAUUGACCAUUUUUUCAAGAGAUUUAAGAUUUUUUUUGGCAUACAACAAAUUUGUGUCAUCUGCAAAAAGGUAAAAUGAAAAUUUCGCUUAAGAAUAAAACUUUACAACCUACUAAUGGUCUGGGACUCCCAGGUACAUACAACACAUUUCACAGUGGAAGGAAAUAGCAUUUUCAACAUGGUGUAAGCAGGGCACAACAAAGUGCUAUCUGAUAAUCCAGAGCCAGUAAGGCUUAAAUAUGGUUCAAAUAUAAGUUGUCCGAUAAGCAAACCACAUUCGCUUUAAGUGUGAGAUUAAUAGAGGGCUAUAAAGUUACAUGUAACUUGCAAAUUGUUUUGUUCAUAUUUCAGUGGGGACACUUCUCAACAACGCUUUAUCACUCCGUCAUGGAAACUACCUGAAGUUUAUUCCUUCAGUAGAUCAGCUUGCUAAAACACUUUACCUUAUUGUUGCUCAGCUCAUUGCCAAGGCACAGUUUGAAAGGGCUCUGGAUCAUGCUAAUGACCUAUAUAAAUUCAUCCAGCUUCUUAAGGCAUGGAAGAGCUAUGACAGUGAAAAGAUGGACAAGGAAAUUGGAUCACUUUGUUUACGUUCAUCUGAUUUGUUACUUCAAGGAGCUGGGAAGCUUGAGGAGACAAAAGUACUUCCAGGGGAAAGACCAUCUCACUUGUGUGUUGUGUUAGACUGGAGAAAGCUCUCAUUACUUUUUAAAGCAGAAGCAAAUGUACAUUGUUCACUAAAAUCCUUAGUGGAUAGAACUCUGAAAUGUGGAACAAAAUUUCAAGUGGAUUGUGGGCUCAAGAAUGUUGAUUUUAAAACCUUAGCAAGCUUCUUUGAAACCAUUUUUAGUGCACUCAUGAACAAGCAAGAACAACUGAUUGCAAAUGGACAAGAAUUUACAGUACUCUUAGCUGAACUUGGAUUUCAUUAUGGCAGAAUUUGUAAUAAGGCUAGAAACUCAACAGAAGCUUUGGCUGUGUUUGAUAAACUGUUGAAAAUUGCAGGAAGUGAACACCACUGCAAAAAUGGACAUUUUAAAUUACAAAUACCUUCACAAGUUUGUUGUUGCGUGUGUUUAGUCUGCAAGGCAGCUAUUUUGUUGAACUCUACUAUAAAAUCUCAAACUCAAGAAUCUCUUCAGCAGAUGUUAUUCGAAAGUAACCGGCUAAUCUCCCAGAUCCUGAAGUGUAGCACAUUACCUUCACCAAUGUUAAAAUUACUUUCAGACUCCCUGGAGUACUUCAGAAUUAAUUUGCAAAAUGAAAGUAGCAAAAAGAGUAAGGAAAAAUCACCCACUCUUUCACUGAAGACUCUCCAAGGAACAGUACAAGUGCUGCAGUCUUACAUCUCAGUCUUAUCUUUGCAGUGUGAGCGGCUUAAGUCAGAGCUGCUUAAAUCCAAACAUGACGAUAUCGUGGCACAGCUAAAACAACAGGUUCUAAAGACCACAGAACGGCAAAUGACAGUAUUUAGUUUUGUUAUUAUGUCUUCAUAUCAAGAUCAGUUGAAGAAUGAAAAAGAUGCAAAACGUUCAAUCAGGGAUUCAAGGUCAGUAGUACAGGUAUCGCAAAACUUUAAAACAGUUAACUACAGUGUACACACUUUAGUUUAAUGAAAGGAUUAUCUUGUGCUUUUAUUUCUCUUUGUUUUGGGGGAUGUUAACAGAUAAAAAUGAGUGAAAAACAAAGGGAAACAACGUGCAAAGAAAGUAGCAUCUGAUAGCCCGGGGCUAGUGGAUUUUGCCAUCGGGCUAGUGAAUUCUGUUCUUAACUUGCCCAAUGUGCAAGUAAAGUAUGUUGAGGAAUUCAACUUACAGAAGAACUGUGAAAUCAAUUCUGUUCAUCAAAAAAAUUGGGGGGCUAGUUGAAAUGACAUUUGGGCUAAUAAAUGCUAGCUUCAGCUUGCCCAAAUGGCAAGCUGUAAAAAUGACUUUCCUUGCACCCUGGGAAAUAAAAAGUAAACCAAGGAUAAAUUUGAACCAUAACAUUAUACAUGUAACACUGCUCAAACUUUUAUUGCAUAUCCAGUAUCCUCAACUCUUGCCAAUCAGCCUAACGACUCUUGAAACAAAAUUACAAAUAUCUCUAGAAUUUGUUUUUUUUGUGUUGCACACAAACGGGGAUAUACACUGUAGGCAAUAUCUCUGACAAGGUGGCAGUUUGAGGAAGAUGUACUGUAAGUAGUCUGGGUGUGGGAAGGUCCAAAGAGACUGAGAGAAAUCUAGUAAGAAUAUCUAUAAAGAAUGGGGGAAUGAAUGAAUGUACAGCUGUUGGUGGACGCUUACAGCCUGUACAAAGAACUACAGAGUCGAACGUUUUUGGGUGUCAAUCUUGAGAGAGUUUACCGUGCUGUUAAUGUUAACACAUUCUUUAUUUACACUAUGCAGAUGUCAGAUCCUUAAGGACUGUAUUCCAGUACUGGAACAAGCAAACUCUGUUAUUCAUUCUGCCCUUGAUGAUCCAGACAUCCUAUUGUCUCCAAACGAGCUCCGCUGGCUAGGUUGCAAUGUGUACAAUUUGGGCUGUGUGUCAUAUCAGAGAGAUUGCUUUACUGAAGGAGUUCCUCUGUUAGCUAUUGCUUGUGAAGAGCUGAGAGUAUGGUGCUUUGCUGGCAAGACUGAGGAGGAAAUUCUUACAAGGAUUGUGGAGGUAAUACAUGUAUGGCCUUAAGCCUUGUAAUUUUUUAACAUACUGUGUGGCAUGAAAUGUUUGCGGAAGUUUGCGAUUUUUGCGUUUUGCGGGAACAAAUUUUGCAAUUAGGAGAGAUUGGUUUUUCUUGCUGGGAAUGGAUUUUUGUGAUUUCAGAAAGUCCCAGGCCAGUCAUUGUUAAUAUUUUCCUUUGUAUUAAGUAUGCGCAAUGGAAAUAGAUACAGUGAAGAAAGUUUCAAACAAUGCUACAGUUUGUGAACCCUACGCUGUAUGUAAAACCAUGAGUAUAACAGAUUACUUUUCUUUGUCAUUCGAUUAAAGUAACAUCUGGGAUGACUGAUUGUUCUGAUGAUCGAUUGGAAGAAGUUAAGUUGGAAAAUAUUUCCCGUGGAAAAAUUUUUUACAGGAAAAAUGUGUGCUGGAAAAAUCGCAAAAAUUAGAACCCGCAAAAAUUUUGUGCCACAAGGCAAAUCAGGCAAAUGAUGUACCAUUUUGAUAAGCCCCAAUAGUGAUUAUUACCAAAUUUAUCCUUUAUAUAAUACUAGUGCUCAUCAAUCAUUGUUUUGAUAUUGUGUAUUAAAUACUUAAUGUGAUUCAUUUGUUUGCACUGUGCAUAAAAUGCCACAUUAAUAAUUUUCCUUUUUUCUGAGAAAUGGAAGCAAACACUUGUGAUGUUAACCCACCAGAUGGGUCUUACAGUAAUCUGUCCUGUCAUUCCAUCGUUAAUAAUAUAACUGAUUUCUUUUAGGUGAAGCUCCUAACAAAAUUUGCACUGCUGACUGACUGUCAGCGAUGA